CGUCAGUCCGAAUCGGAGGCUGAAUGCGAGUUCCAGAACAUGGGUUCUACUUUAACCGCGCCGCUUGAGCCGCUCAAGAUCGCUGCGCCCCCCGAGGCCGCCUCACCCGCCACGCCUGCGCCCCCAGCUGCACCCGGAGAGCCCGAAUCUCCAGCACAAGCGCGCUUACUUAAUAACUGUUGGAGCUGUCGCGUGCUUUCCGGGUCGGGGCUGAUAGGGGCGGGCCUGUACGUGUACUGGGUGGCACGGAGGCCCAUGAAGCUGGGGUACGCCCCAGGUCCGGGGACUAUUACGCAGAUGGUCAUCGGCAUCAGCAUUGCUUCUUGGGGUAUAGUGGUCCUGACAGACCCCAAAGGGAAGGCCUAUCGCGUUGCUUGAAAGUACCACUGGUGACUUUAUCAUCUGUCCCUGCCCGGGUGAUACAGAGCAAGCAUGGGGUUUAUGGACGUCUGGACAGACACAUGAACAUGGAUGGACUUCAGUACUACGGACACUAAAGACUGAAACAAUACAACAUGAGUUGCCAUUCUUUGGCUGUUUGUGGCUUCUCAGGUUUCAUAGGCACCAAUAAAUCCCUCAGAUAAGAAAGUAGGGUCUGUGUCUUAACUGGGGAAGGAUAUAACUUAAAUUUUAUUUAAUCAUAAGUGUCUACAGAAUAUAAUUUUAAUAUAAUUUUAAAAAAUUUGAACAUGAAGGAAGAGAUAAACCCAUAGGAAGAUGAGCAGUUUUAUUAUUUUAAAUAAUUGCUUUUAUUUUUUUUUUCCAUGAUUGUGUCAACAUCUGUUAUCAGCCUAACCCUGGGUAGGCACAUGGAAUGUUGUUGUAUCUAUGUCCUGCUUGUACUUUGCAAGGUGUUUGUAAAUCUAUAGUUUAUGAGAGCUUUAUAGAUAGUCUAAGUUGUUGUUUCUUUGGUGGUAAUCCUUAAAACGCAAGCCCCAGUGAUUUGCCCAGGGUCAUUCAGCACCUCGGUAACAGAGCUAGAACUUGUUCUCAUCGAUGUUCUAGUCUUUCAGACUAGCAUGGUUCUAAGGAGGCCAGAGUUCCCUUCUUGAAGUAAUGAGGUGAUCAUAACCAUCAGCAUACCGUGAAAGACCUAAGUACCAAAAUAUUUGAGAGCCAAAAAAAUUUUGUGUCCCACAAAUAUUGGAAGUGUUUAUUAUAGAAUUGAAAUGCAUUUGAGAUAAGGUCUUAAAAUUAGUUCAUUUUUAAGAGAAGCCCCUUCCUGCUACCAGUUCUUUGUUUUUUCCUAAGAUACCAUGACUUCUCACACAGCCAGUUCUCAGGUUCAGCUGCUCCAAUGUGUAAGUUUUGAUUGCCAUGUUAAACAGUCUUCAAGGUUGUUAUUUUUGGUAGUAUUAUUUAAAAGUGCCUAAAUAAAUUAAAUCUUACCAGUGACUUAGGACUUGUACACAUUAUUUACAGUGGAAAAAAUGUUUACAGUAUGGAUGGCAUAUUUAUUUAUGCAACUAAGAAAUCGCAAUCCUGAAUAAGGAACAAGGUGUUAUUUUUUGUGACCUGUAUAAUCCCGUUAUAUGAUGUUAAUAAAUGCAGGAGUUAUAAGUUGGAAAAGAUCAUAGGUGACCCAAAGCACCUAAAAUAUGUAUGAAGAUAAAUUGUUCCCUGAUGGAAAAAGCAAGCCAUUUUACUGAUGGACAGUAGUAGAUAAGCUGAAAAGACAAAGAAUAUAACUUACUGGUCUUGCCUUAAUUUAUUGGGUAAACAGAACAACUUAAAAUUUUGUAUCAGUAUACCUCAGAGAUAAUUGUGAGUUUGGCUCUAGACCACUGCAAUAAAGCAAGUCAAGUAAUUUUUUUUUUUUUUUUUUAGUUUCCAUUGCAUACAAAAGUUCUGAUUCACCUAUGUGGUAUGUGGUCUAGAAUAACAACAGCAUUGUCUUAUAACACCUGUCUCAAUUUAAAAUGUUGCUAAAACCUGCAAGCCAUCUCAGCCUGCUUUCUGCUGAUGGAGGGAAUCCUCCAUUGUUGAUGACUUUUGGCUGAUUAGGGUGGUAAAUAGCUCAAGGUUGAGGUGGUUUGGUAGGAGAGACCUAGUUUUGGCCUCUGGCUUUCUACAUGCUUUCCUCAUUAAGCUUAAUCUUUUCUAGGUUCUGAUUUAAAGUGAAAAACCUGAACUCUUCCUGAACACUCAGUGGUGGUGUAGUGUUCAUCAUUUCAGUAUUGUUCCCUAGAGUUAGGGAUGCCCUCCAUGAGGGAGGGAGAGUGAAGAAGGGCGAGUCAGUGGAGCAGUUAAGAACGUGCACAACAUUUAUGAAUUUAAGUUCACUGUCUUGCAUGGGCACGGUUCUGAAUUUCCCAAAAUAGUUGCAGUAGUAACAUUAAAAGUCACUGAUCACAUAUCACCAUAACAGUAAUACUAAUGAUAAAGUUUAACCUAUUUGCACAUUUAACAAACAUGUGAAACAGGAUGUGGUAACAUGCUGUUUGGAAAAUUUCACCAAUAUCUUUGUUGAAGGUAGAGUUGCCACAAACUGUUUUAAAAAAAUUGAAAAGGGUGUAGAGUGCAGUAAAUGAGGUUUUCCCAUAUUAUUUAAACAUUAUUGCUAGCAUUUUACCAGUUUGAAUUUAUUUAUAAGGAAAUGAAAGCUUUUUCCAAACAAACCUGACUCAUCAGUCUGUUUGUUUCCAAACUAGAGCAGUGUGAGUGGGUUUGAGAUCAGUCUUUGUUCUUCAUGCCUAUAUCCAGUUACAUGGGGAGAAGCAAAAAAAAAAAAUAUGUGCCAGAACUUUAUUUAUAUCACUGCUUAGCCCAAAACCCCGGUUUGUUUUAUGGACAAGUAUGAUCUUCACAGAGAAGCUCCCCAUUUGGGAAGUGAACCAAGGAAAGGAAGACCUUUCUCUUUGUCUCUCUUUCGCUCACUGUCUGUAAC